AUGGUUGAUUCUGUCGCAACAAUAGCUCUUGAAACACUUCGGGACCUGUUGAUUGAGGAAGCAAAGUUUCUAUCGAGUGUGGGCGGUGCGGUUGAGGAAGUCCGUAGGCAGCUCAACAUCAUGCACUGUUUCUUGAAGGAUGCUGAUAGAAGGCAAGAUCUGUAUAAUUCACAGAUAGUCCAGAAUUGGGUCGCUGAACUUCGCGAUUUGUCCAUUCAAGCUGAGAUUGUACUAGAAAGAUAUGCUAUUGAAGUGGUGUCCAGAAGAGAAGGAAAAGGCCUGAAAAAGGUUCUCAAAAGACUCACUUGUAUAUUGAGCGAGUGGUUGAGAAUGCACCAAAUCGGAGAAGACGUUAAAGAUAUCAAGUCUCGUAUGUCCGACCUCACCAAACAGUCGGAGUCCAUGAAUGUCAGAGACAACUCAUCAAGAUUGGUAGAUGAUAACAAUUGGUCAAGAAGAACGUAUGGGCAUGAGGUUGAAAAGUAUUUUGUAGGAAUGAAGGAGGAUAUUAAACAGUUAGAAUCAGUUCUGACAACUAAUGACAAAUCAAAUGGAGUGAUUUCCAUAUGUGGCAUGGGAGGCUUGGGAAAGACCACUCUUGCUAGUAAAAUUUACAAUGGGGAGGUCGUGCAGCGGUGCUUCAAAUAUCAUGCUUGGAAUUUCUUAAGGCAUGCUUUUCCCGUUGGAGAGGCAGAUAGCAAAGUUUUGCUCACAACCAGAAAUCAUAACAUUGUUUCCAUAGGAUACGUCUACAAUCUAAAGUGUCUGAGUGAAGAUGAAGGAUGGGAGCUCCUUCAAAAGAUAGCACUCCCAAACAACUAUUCACAAGACAUUGAAGAACUUAGAUUACCUAAUUACAUAUACAAAAUGAGGCACUUGAGGCAUCUAUUUUUGGGAUUUCUUCAUGAGAGCGUUGGAGGUGAAAAAUUGAAAUUGGAAGGGUUGAAUGAGUUGGAGAUGAUAACUGGGUUCAACAGUUUGGUUGAUGACAUCACUCAUCUUCUUAAAUUGCCGAAGCUCCGAGUAUUGGAAGGAAGAAUUUUUGAUGAAGAAAAAUUGCAGCUUGCGGAUACAAGGAAUGAGGAAGACCCAAUCAAAAUACUAGAGAAGCUUCCCAUGUUAAGAGUUCUUGGCUUAUGGCGCAAUCCAUAUGUGGGCAGAGAGAUAGUUUGUGAGGCAACUGGAUUUCCUCAACUCAGAGAGCUUUCCUUGAAUGAUUUGAGGAAUUUAGCAGAGUGGAGAGUGGAGAAAGGAGCAAUGCACAAUCUCUCUCAUCUAGUUAUUGCAAAAUGCAGUAAAUUGAAGAUGAUUCCGGAUGGAUUGGAAUUCAUUAAUACUCUAAAAACACUGAUUAUAAUUAUGCUAGAAGAGUUCGUGAAGAGGAUCAUGUUUAGUGGUACGCCUCCUGUGCCAUGUGGUCGAGGACAUGGUCGUCUACAAGUUUCGCCUCAUGUUGGGGAAGUAGUUCUUCGACCACCCCCACCACCUGACACAACCGCACCGUCCCCCGCCCCGCAGACUUCGAAUGACGCUGGAGCAUCUGGAGCUGCACCGACAGCUAAUGACACGAUACAACA